UGCAAUGCUGGGACACCAGCAAAGGGUGUAGACACGUCCCAGUCUCCAAUCAGGCCCUGGAGGUUUGGCCAUGGGCCCAAUAAAUGCUGAGCUGGAGGGUGGGGAGGCACUGAGCCUGCAGGCAGCUGGAGGAGGAAGAGGAUGAGCACUGGGGUGCUGAGCCCUGGGGGGCACAGAGCCUCCAGCAGCCCCCAGCAGACCUCGUCCAGACCUCGGACGUCCUUCCUCAUCCAGGACAUCCUAUGGGAUGGGGUUGAAAAUGGGGCACAGAUGGAUCAAGGUGGGAUACCAGAGGAUGGAGAGCAGCAGGAUGGCCCUGGAGUGUCCCCAGCACAGCCCCACGAUGUGAAUGAAGAUGCUGAUAACUCCCCAUGCAGCCAUGAUCCACCCCAGAAGGUGCUGCCCAGACCCCCCCGGCCAGCAAAGCGCUCACGGGCAGCCUUCACCCACAGCCAAGUGUUGGAGCUGGAGAGGAACUUCAGCCGCCAGAAGUACCUGUCAGCCCCUGAACGUGCCCACCUGGCCCAGAACCUGCAGCUGAGUGAGACACAGGUGAAGAUCUGGUUCCAGAACCGCCGCUACAAGACCAAGAGGAGAGCGGGGGGCUCCAGCCUGGAGGUUGGGACCACUCAUAAAGCAUCUAUUCUACCCCCAGCCCCACUGCUGGCACUACAUGGGGCUGCUCGCUGCCUGCCCUGCCUCUGUUACUGGAGCCCUGCUGUGUGGUGAGAGCUGUGCAUGGUGUGUUUUUUAGCCCACCCCCCUCAUGCCAUGGUGCCCUUGGCCAUGUUGAUUCAGAGAUGUCGACUUCGAGUGUCCUCUUGUGCAGUUCCAGCCUCUGUCAUCGUGAGAGUUUUAGCCAAAGAAAUCAGAAAUGAUCAAAAAUUAAAGAUCCAGAUUAUAAUUAUUAUUACUAUUAUUAUUGCUAUUAUUAUUAUUACUAUUAUCAAUAAUAAAUCCCCGAAGCUUUUACUAGGCUCAAUCUGCAGCAAAGAAUCCCAGGCGAUGCUCAGCACCCUCUCAUUGCAUCACCACCCUUUCUCAGUGCCAGGCUUUUAGCCAGAGAAACAAAAAGCCCUACAAACUAAACAUCCUCAAAGCUUCUAACAGUGAUCAAACAGGGCACUGUUUUGGGGGCAGAAAGCAAGAUAUGAUGAGUGCCUGUAAAAACACAGUCCCCCAUCCAUCCCUCUGCUUAUACCCCCAAUUCUUUGCCCCCCAUCACUGAUUGGGUGAAGCACAACAGCUCACCCCAUACACCAGCUGUUUCAUCUCAAAAAAUAUCUGCAUUUCCACCUGCAAUCCAUCAAUUGCAAAUCUCCCCCAAGGAUUCCAUAUGUGUUGGGUUUAGGGGGCAUUCAGCCCCACAUUGCUGCAAGCAACAAAGGCCCACAGGUUCCCAGUGGGCACAGAGCUGCUGUUGGUGCUCCCUGAUGCCACCAAUGCCAUUGAAGAGAGGGAAUCCGUGCCAACAGGUGCUGGGAAUGGGAACAAUAGAGCAGUGACAGACGGGUUUUGCAUAUCCGGGUGCUGGAACACUCACAUAUAGUCUGGUUAAAAUAGCAGCAGCUCAAAGAGUUCAACUUUUACAAACCUCCCCAGGGCCAAGGCUGAAGGGUGACAAUUCUGCUUGCAAAGCUCGCUCACAGACGUAGCAAAUGCGAAGCUAUGGGGUAGGAGGAUGGGGCAGGGAAUGUGCAAAGCAAACCUUUGCGGUGGAUACUCAGUUGCUAACGCCAUAAAAGCUGUUGGCUCUGCUUGGAGGACAGCGGUCUGAAGUAUCCCAAAGACACUCCUAUCUGCAGAUAGCACUUUCUCCCAGCUCUCUGGCAAUGUGUUGCAAUGUGGCUCCUGCACAGCCCUGCUCUUAUCCACUUUGCUUGGAACAAAGGAGUCCUUGUGCUCCUCCAGGGGAGGACAUCCUGCAGAAUCCACCCUGGGAUGCUGCUGAAUGCAGGGAUACAAUGUUUGCACCCAUAGAAAGGAUGGGAUGGGGAUGGCACCGCAUUCUUUGCGCAGCGAAAAGUUCUACUGUUGCGUUGGGAGGGACCAAAUUAACCCCAUUUGUCAUAGAUAGGAAAAUUAGAUUUCAACUCAACUUCUUGGAUGGGUUUUUUGGGGACAAACUUUGUCCUUUUUGUGCCAUUGCUUUUUCCCCCCCCCCACUUGUUGUUUCAGCCCCUUAAAACAUCCCUUUGUGGCUUAAACACUCAAAUGCUCCACACUUAACUUUGCUGAUAAAGCCCAAUGCAGAUAGUUGCUAUUUUUUGUACAUAUAUUUUGAUACUGUUUUAUCCAAUGCAUGUUGUCCUCUGGAAUAAAGAGCUCAGAACCUUUGUUAAGAA